AUGUUGUCUCUAUCUCAGAAUUGGCGCUCUUGUAUAGCAGCGUUUGCUCUCACGUUUUUGGUUAUCAACGCCUCUCCUGUACCUGGUCAGACUUCUAGUGUCUUAAGUGUUGUUUCAGCAUACAAUGGAGCCACAACUAUUACCGCAAGCACUCAAGUCGUCACUUACGCCGCUACCACGACUUCGACUAGUGGUACGUUGACCUGCACGAAAGCUGGAACCUACAGUAUUGGAACGAGCACAACGGUUGUCUCGAAACCCACAAACAUUCCAUGGACGGCACAGGAAGUAAUCUACGAGUAUUGUCCAUUUUCCGUAUUUACUCUUUUUAGCUGCGCUGCAUGUCCGCGCCUCAUUACUGUCGAGAAGUGCUAUCUUGGUUAUUGUGAAGUCAGUAUCGAACUACGAACUCCUUCUAAGGGUGUUACCAGCACCAGCACCUCGAGUGCCAGUUCAACAAGUUUCGUUAUUGGUAUUGGGUAUUUGGAGCCAACAGUAACGACCACUAAGGCUCUUUCUGCUUAUGCUACGGGAUACACAUCAAUUAUCCCAGCUAAAUUGCUUGCAGCUGGAACUGUUAUUGUUGGAUCUCCAGUUCCUUACGUCACUUCGACGACUUACCUUGAUGAUGGAUCGCAAGCUUAUACUUCAACCAUUGGUGGUACCAUUUUGGAUGCCAUAUCAGUUACAACCAUCACUUAUACCACUACUGUAUCAGCCUAUGACUCGGCUUAUACCUCCACAAUCUCCGCAAAAAAACUCAACGCCUGGAACUGCACUGUUACAACCACCACAUUUCUUCCUACUGGUGGUAUAGCUUUCACCUCUACAGUCCCCGCAGCUGGACCUACUUCGGGAACAGUCCUUGUUGGAUAUGUCCAGAGUGAUGUUACUACUACUAUCACUGGAUCCGUGGCUGCCACGAGUACUAUAGCUCCCUCUGGCACAAUUCCAGGUACUAUAAUUAUUACGGUACCUACACCCGAUGUAAACUGCAACAACAUUGGUGUACAAUUCGCAGCUUUUGCUGAAACUCCCCAAAUCAUCAACUCUGCCGGAACAUACGCGAAUUUUAAUCCCGCCAUUUAUAAAACCCAGACUGCAGAGAUUACUGGCAACACCACUGCUGUCAGUUAUAGCGUCACAACCUACACAAACACUGCUGUAUCUGUUUAUGGUAGCACCCAAAAGCUCAACGACUUCUAUCUCGUCAUUGAUAAUCGUGGAUACCUCUUCGCUCAGAUGACUGGUACAUAUACCUUCUCCACGACAUCAGCCGAUGAUAUUUUCUUCCUUUGGGUUGGAGCUAAUGCAUAUUCCGGUUGGACUCGUGCUAAUGCCGAUUUGAUUGCAACAUUGACUUAUCCAUCACAAACAUUCACAAUCGAUUUGGUUGAAGGGGAAUACUAUCCGAUGAGAUUCUUGUGGGCAAAUGGUGAUGGACCUGGUCUCUUUGCUUUCUCGGUUACCGCCCCUGAUGGAACUAUUAUCUUGGAUGGUAACACCGUUGCUAGUCCUUAUGUAGUACAGUUUUCGUGUGAUGGUACUUCAGCACCUGAGUAUCCUGCUUGGGGCGCUGAGAGUUAG